AUGAAUCGACCAAAUGUUCAUCUUCUUGAUCUACCAAAUGAGAUGUUAUUUAAUAUUUUGAAGAAACUUGACAAUGUUGAUGUUCUUCAUUCAUUAUUUGGUAUUAAUAACGAACGGCUUGAUAGUAUAUCACGAGAAGAAAUUUUUUCUUAUACCCUCAAUUUUACAUCAAAUGUUCAUGACACUACAAUAAUUGAUUCAAUGCUUGGUCGAUUUUGUAAUUAUAUAUUACCUCGAAUUCAUUACAAUGUGAAGUGCUUGAUUGUUGAAGCCGUGUCUAUGGAACGUAUUCUUCUUGCUACUCCCUAUCCAAAUUUGACAGAAUUAAAAAUUUUUAAUUUUCAACGUGACAGUUCAUUACAUUAUUUCACAGGUAAUUAA